ACCAUGGUGUAGUACCCACACCAUCGAAGAUGACUCUUACAAACAGUUUGCUACAAGCGAUCUUAGACGGCAACAUUAAGAAGGUGAAGAAGUUCCUGGCCCGUGGGUCAAGUCUAAACUCCAGGAACGACUUUGGCUUUGGGUCACUGGUUGCGGCCCUGCAUAUCCAAGAUGGCGCCAUGAGAAGUCGGAUGUUCCGGUUUUUGUUGAACAGGGGAGCUUCAUACAUGGCGAGGGAUGAGCGCCAUGACAGAUCGGUCGUGCACUGGGCGGGGCUGCUGGGCAGGAGUGAGCAGAUCCAAACCCUGAUGGAGGAGGCGGGCGGGGACCUGAGCCUGGAGUCACGUGACAAGGACGGCUACACGGCCCUGCACCACGCCGUGAGGGCCGGGGACCUCCCCACCGUGGACACGCUGGUCAAGUACCACCAGCGGUACGGGAUCUCGGUCGACGCCCCUGACCACCUCGGCCUCACGCCCUACAUGCACGCACGACGCCUGGGGUUCAAGGUCAUUACCAACCUGUUGUACUCCAAAGGUCAGGCGUCUGUGGGUCACGGCGACCUUUUCUUUAGGUCGCCACGGGAAUGGUCGCAGAUCGGCAAGUUUGAGCGGCACAAGGCCACAGAGCUGCAGGCGGAGGGCCAGAUCAACGCCGCCAAAAUGCUGGGUAAACUAAGCCUGGCUAAAGAUAUGGAGGCCAGAGCACUAAGCCUGGCUAAAGAUAUGGAAGCCAGAGCACACGGCCAUACGACAGCUAGGCUCAGCCUGUCACAUCCAGGCGUCAGUGAGUCUCUUGCUGAGGCGCCCGAGUCGUCUGACGAGGUGCGGGUUUCAAAACAUGACGAACACUCGAAGGUUUGGACUGGCCGUCACAUGCACGAAUCAAAACAAAAACUUGAUGUCCAUAAUUUCUCGUCAUUAAAAAAACUCCAAUAUAAUAGAUUAACAAGGAGUCUGGAGACACAUCACAUUUAUCGCCCUGACGGGGAAUUCUUAAAGUCUGGGCAGAAACAGGCGGGUGAUUACACAGCAACCCAACCAAUGAACACACACCGGGGUGGGGUGGCGCUGUCCCAAAACACACACCAGGGUGGGGCGGCUCUGUCCCACCAGGGUGGGGCGGCCCUGUCCCACACACACCAGGGCGGGGCGGCCCUGUCCCUGCUGAGCCAAUCAACCCAGGGCCGUACCGUCAGCCGCUUCUGUCACAGCGAGCCCGUCAACAAGCCUAGGCACAGAGAGAGCAGACGACACUUGGACAAUCUCACCGCCAUCAUGGGCCUGCUCUCUGAUUCCUCGACAAAAUCCUUCAGGAAAUCAGCCCAGUUUCAAAAGCCAGAACAUACGACUAAAAUACCGAAAACAAAGCCCAAAAUUUCAUCAUGGGCCGUUAUUUUUGGCGAUAGUAAAAACGUCAAGCCAAAGAAAUUAAAAACAACUUCAACAUCUGUUAGCAAUGAUAGCCAGUAUUCGAAAGCUCAGCGAUUGGUGAUGGCUACAAAAAGUAACACAACUAAACAAAACAUCACAGACAAAGACAGGAUAUUGCACAAUGAUAGUACUUAUCAUGGGAAAUACGAAAACCGCGGACCAGCUGUUCCAAGAAUUAAAAUCAACGAGGCCAACAAUUUUACUUAGUCUUCUCUGUGAUGUACGAUAGACUAAAUGCCACCCAAAAAAUUGAGAAAAUAACAUGAACUUCUUUAAGGUUACAAUAAUAAGCUACAGCUUCUAUAGCAUGUUAAAUCUCAAAAUGACAACUAUAAAGAUUGCAAUGCUGUAGCUGUGUGUACAUAACGGUUAAUGUUAUUUUCUUACUCAUUAG